AUGGCCCCUCAAACCGAAGACAAGAAGCGUCGUUUGCCUCUUCGAUGCGAUAGCGACCAAAUGCCUGGAAAACGUUGCACAAACUGUGUCACUUUUAACCUCCAGUGUACUCAUGUAGAGGCCAUGAAUAGCCUGGGGAGCGCUAAAGGAUAUGUGCAGACGAUGGAAGGACGACUCGACAAAAUGGAAGAGAUUUUCAAACGUAGAGCCCCGGGUUUCGACUUGGACGCAGAGCUCAAGGAAGAGACCGAAGAAGGCUCAUCCGCCUCGCAGAUUAGGAGAGGCGACCAAGAUCAAGACGUCGCUCGUCUUAGCGAGAAUGUCAACAGGAUGCUUUCCAUUCAACCUGAUACGUCAUUUUUUGGAAUGUCAUGUGUAUGUUCGACAAUUGGCCACUUAGGGUUACAUCUGCUGCCCUCCAUAAUCCAGCGAAGACAACAAUAUUUCGGGAGGGAAAGAAUCACCUCGAAUGAACAGGCACUCCUCACUCGACGGCGAGAACAGUUCUGGAACCGCCAGUCUAAAUAUCCCAUGCGGGUGAACGACACUGUGCCAGUAUACGUCUUCCCCGAUCCUGAUCUGAUGCUGACUCUUGUGAAUCUGUAUUUUACUCAUUAUAACUGCUACCUUCCGCUGCUACAUCGCCCCACUUUCGAGAAGGCCAUGGCGGACGGAGAGCACUGGACCGAUCACCUUUACGCCGGGACUUUGCUUCUCGUAUGCGCCCUCGGUGCGCGACACUCGAAUGAUCCAAGAGUAUUUUCCACUCAGCCAGGAGGAAACGAGGCUGGCUGGAGAUGGUUUGAACAGCUUACAUUGUUUCAAACAGCCUUGCAAGACCGCACCUCUACAACUCUUUAUGAGCUGCAAAUUCAUUGUCUGUCGGUCUCAUAUCUUGGGGCAGUUGGACUUUGGGAAACAGUAUCGACUCAAAUUGGUCUUGCGAUACGGAUGGCUCAACAGGUUGGGGUACAUGUUCACCAGAAUCGACCUCCUAAUGCCCGCGACGAAGCGUGGAAGCGCGCCUUUUGGGUGUUGAUCUUUCUGGACGUGUCUCAAGCCUGUCAUCAUGGCCGGCCUGUGACGCUUCGCUAUGAAGACUUUGACGUUGGCUUUCCUCUGGAGUGCGAUGAUAUCUACUGGAAUCAUCCAGAUUCCUCCAGGCGAUUUCGACAACCGACUGGCAGGCCCUCUGCGCUGUCGUUUUUUGCUUGUCUUCUGAAACUAGUGAACACUAUGACCUACGUGAAGAAAAGUAUUUACCACACCCGCAACCCGAUGAUUCUCAUGGGAGGGCAGCGGCGUCCGCCAGAGGCAGAAUUAUUAUCAGGUUUGGAUUCAUUUUUGAACCAGUGGUUACAAUCCGUACCGGAACAUCUGCGGUGGAACCCUAACAGCCAAGACGGUCUAUUCUUCAAUCAAUCGGCCUUUUUGCAUAUCACGUAUCACUACACCAGAAUACUGGUCCACAGACCUUAUCUCCCGACUCCACAGUCGAUCGCCACUUGCAGGGAUGCGGCAUUGGCUACUCUUGAUAUUGUGGAGGCGCAAAGACGUAGGGGAUACCUUCAGUUAAUGCAUGUAGUGUCUUGUGUCAACUCAACGAUACUAACUCUGUUACUUAUCCUGUGGAAUGGCACGGAAGAUCCAUACAAGACCAGAGAAAUGCAGCGCGUUGUUGCUUGCUUGGAUAUGCUGAAGGGAGUAGAAAACCGACUACCUAUGGCCGGAGCGUUCUGGGAUGUCAUAGCGGAGCUUGUCUCGCCGGACGCGUCGCAGUCCUCCUCGCGACGAUCUAGGCAAGGCUCCCGAGAUUCUGCGGGAUCCUCACGCUCCCAACAAGCGUUUUUAUAUCCAAAUGUAAGGGUGAGAUCUGAGCAGCAAGGACCGAGCGCUAGCACUCCAACCAAUUAUUCGAGUAGCGAAGGAUAUGCAGCGAGAGCUAAUCAAGGCCACCAGGGUUAUUCAUCUCAGUACACUGAUAAUCCUUUUUUCCAUCAAUAAACCUUUACUGUCGGAUCCGUGUAUUCGUGACUCGAUCACGUUUCGCCUGACGUCCAAUCAUAGACUACUAGUAGACUUCAUAGAGC